UUUCGCUCUGUUUUCACUUUGAAGUCCACGUACACUCCUCCCCUGUCUCUCUAAUCGCUACAUAGGUUUAGCAGAAUUAGCUCCAUCUUCUUCAAAGAAAUGGCGUCCAAAACCCUAAUUCGAACUGGAGCUUCCCUAAUGAACCGGAUCUUAUCCAAACCAUUGCUACACCCGAACCCGAAUUCGAAUCACCAGAUUGUAUCUCACGGCCUCGAAAUCACUCCCAAGCUAUUCCCAUCUCUUUCAAACUUCGACACCUCCUUCCGUUUGCCCCAAAACGACGCCGAAUCGCUGAAACGGGUCUCCUAUGAAGGGCUCGUGUACCCUUUUGGCCUCCCUUAUCUCCCGUUCUUCUUACCUGACGGAGAUGAUUCUUCAUCAUCAGAGCCAAUGCUAUUAUUUCCAAAGCGGACGUUCCAGCCUAGUACCAUCCGACGCAAGAGGAACCAUGGAUUUUUUGCUCGCAAGGCAACCAAGGGUGGACGGAGAGUAAUUGCUAGAAGAAUAGCGAAGGGUCGAUCAAGAGUUACAGCUUAGCAUCUCUUUCUCUGGCCUAGUCUUGCCUUGGAACCUAGUCUAGAAGCUUUACCUUGGAUCAUGGUAAUGUUUGUUCUUUUUGUAGUUGCUUAGCCUUGUUGUACUGAGGCUUCUUAGCUGGUAACAGAAUUUGUUCGAUGACAUUUUCUUCUCGCAACCUUGAGGGUUCCAGCUAUUAAAUCACGUUCCAUGUAUUUAUGCUUGUCAGAAAUUUCUUGUUACCUCAUAUUUUCAUAAUGUUUUGAGUUUAAUAGUUGGCAUUUU